AAAAUAUGCCACAAGGGUUGUGUUGGGGGUUUAACUCAAUAACAAGGCUGAUUUACGUGUUGUUUACAACUCAGGACGUCUCCACAGUUUACCUUUAACUCCAACUUCAGAGUCGAACUGUCGCUGUUGGUGUUAAACGCCUUGUUGAACUAUGACCUCUCCAGAAAUUGCCACCCUGUCCUGGGGCCUGAUGAAGGUGAAGGGAUGCUCCUCCAGCUACAAGGACUGUAAGGUCUGGCCCGGAGGCAGCCGGGCCUGGGACUGGAGGGAGACUGGGACUGAUCAUUACCCAGGAGUGCAACCUGCUGACCUGGAGGAGGUGAUGAAGAAGGGAAUAGAGCUGCUGGUCAUUGGGAGAGGAAUGAGUGAAGCUCUACAGGUUCCUUCUUCGACUGUGGAUUUCGUGAAGCAGCAAGGCAUUGAAGUCCGAGUCCUUCAGACUCAGAAGGCCGUCGCUGAAUACAACAAGCUGGCCGUUCAGGGAGCCAAAGUGGGCGGCGUUUUCCACUCAACCUGCUGAUUCCGCCUCCCUGGACGCGAUUAAACAUGUUUAACGGAGCACUGUUCCCUGGCCCUAAUACUGCAUCUCAUACCUGGAUAGAAGGUUAAAUCAGUUUUUAUUUACACCGAAUUUACAGGAGUAAAGUUGGGCCUCCAACCUUCUUCAACUUAAGCAAAAUUGGUGCCACAUGGUUGUGCCACUACCAUUUUAAAGCUAUUAAUAAAUAUUUCAAGAAGUCAUCAAAGGUCAACUAGCCAGUCCACAUUUACAAAAUCAAACAAAUAUGAUUUUCGGGGGGCAAGUUGAUCUCUGGUGACUUCUGGAAACUUUUAUCUUAAAAUCGAUAACAGCACAGACGAUUGACGCCAGUCGUUAAAUCUGAAGAAGUGGGAGAACUAACUUAAGUCAGUUAACUCUACUGCACUUAAAUACAGUUGAGUUUUGAAGCUCUGAAGUUCAUUAAACUUCAGCUGAGAUGCUUCAAACUUCAAAAUCAAAACAUGAACUUUUAUAGAAAUGUAUUUCUAACAGCCUGCAGCACCAACAGUGUCUAAAACAUUCGAAAUGGUGCUUAUGUGUUUUAUUAAAUCAGUGAAAUGCUGUGAAACGCUGAUAUGAAAGUGUAUUUCUGCCUGUUUGAUUACAUGAAAACCAAUAAAAUCAAUAUGCUUUCCAAA